AUUAAACAGUACACAUAUUGUUUUAUAACAUUGGUUAAUAACCCCAUGACACAUCAACACUCCCGUCUCAACCUUGGGUUCCCUAUUACCAGCUUCCCUGUCCCCUUCUGCCUUCUAGUCCUUGCCCCUGGGCUGGUGUGCCCUUAUAGUCUCAUUUUGUUUUAUGGACCUGUCUAAUCUUUGGCUGAAGGGUGAACCUCAGGAGUGACUUCGUUAUUGAGCUAAAAGGGUGUUUGGGGGCCAUAUUCUUGGGGUUUCUCCAGUCUCUAUCAGGCCAGUAAGUCUGGUCUUCUUGUGUGAGUUGGAAUUUUAGUCUACGUUUUUCUCCAGCUCUGUCUGGUACCCCCUCUAUUGUGAUCACUGUAAGCAGUUGGUGGUAGCUGUGCACCAUCUAGUUGUGCUGGAUGCAGUCUGCUGGAGGCCGUGGUAGUUAUGGUCCAUUAGUCCUUUGGACUAACCUUUCCCUUGUGUCUUUAGUUUUCUUCAUUCUCCCUUACUCCUGAAGGGGUGAGACCAGUGAUAUAUCUUAGGUGGCCACUCACAAGCUUUUAAGACCCCAGAUGCUACUCACCAAAGUAGAAUGUAGAACAUUUUUUUAAUAAACUGUGUUAUGCCAAGACCAUGGUCCCCAGUCCUCAGCCCAGUAAUUUGGUCUCUCAGGGAGUUUGGAUGUGUCCAUGGAGUUUGCAUGACCUUGCCUUGGACAAGUCGUUCUGGCUUUCCCAGUAUUGUGUACUGCCUUACGCUUCACCAAAGUUACUACUUACCUAUUGUCCAUUUAGUGUUUUUCUCUCCUCACCCCUCCUCUCCCUUGUAACCAUCAAAGAUUGUUUCGUUUUGUAUGUAAACCUUUUCAUGAGUUUUUAUCAUAGUGGUUUCAUAUAAUAUUUGCCCUUUUGUGACUGACUUAUUUCAGCAUAAUGCUUCAUCCAUGUUGUGAGAUGUUUCGCAUGUUCAUCAUCAUUCUCUAUUGUGUAGUAUUCCUGUAACCUUUUUGCUUGGUAGAUAACUUUUCCUUCUACUUCACAGAGAAAAUUGAAGCCAUAAUAAUGGAAUUCCCACUUCCAAAUCCGUGGGAGUCCCUGGGUGGCGCAAACGGUUAAGUGCGGAACAACUGGCUGAAAGGUUGCCAUUUUUAACCCACCUACCCACAGGCUCCUGGGAGGACAGGCCUGGGGAUCUGCUUUCAAAAGCUCAAAGACUCACAGCCUUGAAAACCCUAUGGAGCUGUUUUAUUCUGCAUACUUGGGAUUGCCACAAGUCGGAAUCGACUCGACGGCAACUAACAGUUCCAAAUCAAGAAAUGUACCUGCUUUUGCAUCAUUGUCUGCCUGUUUGAAUUGAGGGGGUUUUCCUUCUGAUAACAUCAGGGUGGACUUGAACUUCCAGGGUUUUGGUUAGCAACCCUUUACACCACCCAGGAACUCCGACAGUGAACUAGUCCAAGCCUUAUGCAUUUGAUCGGGUAUUCCAGUCAAGCACAUCUCAAGAGCAAGUGUAUAAUGACUGUGCAAAGAAGAUUGUUAAAGAUGUACUUGAGGGAUACAAUGGAACAAUAUUUGCAUAUGGACAGACAUCCUCUGGGAAGACACACACAAUGGAGGGUAAACUUCAUGAUCCAGAAGGCAUGGGAAUUAUUCCAAGAAUAGUGCAAGAUAUCUUUAAUUAUAUUUACUCCAUGGAUGAAAAUUUGGAAUUUCAUAUUAAGGUUUCAUACUUUGAAAUAUAUUUGGAUAAGAUAAGGGACCUACUAGAUGUUUCAAAGACCAACCUUUCGGUUCAUGAAGACAAGAACCGAGUUCCCUACGUAAAGGGGUGCACGGAGCGUUUUGUAUGUAGCCCAGAUGAAGUUAUGGAUACCAUAGAUGAAGGAAAAUCCAACAGACAUGUAGCAGUUACAAAUAUGAAUGAACAUAGCUCUAGGAGUCACAGUAUAUUUCUUAUUAAUGUAAAACAAGAAAACACGCAAACGGAACAAAAACUGAGUGGAAAACUUUAUCUGGUUGAUUUAGCUGGUAGUGAAAAGGUUAGUAAAACUGGAGCAGAAGGCGCCGUGCUGGAUGAAGCUAAGAAUAUCAAUAAGUCACUUUCUGCUCUUGGAAAUGUCAUUUCUGCUUUGGCUGAGGGUAAUACAUAUGUUCCAUACCGAGAUAGUAAAAUGACAAGAAUCCUUCAAGAUUCAUUAGGUGGCAACUGUAGAACCACUAUUGUAAUUUGCUGCUCUCCAUCAUCAUACAAUGAAUCUGAAACAAAAUCUACACUCCUAUUUGGUCAAAGGGCCAAAACAAUUAAGAACACAGUUUGUGUCAAUGUAGAGUUAACUGCAGAACAAUGGAAAAAGAAGUAUGAAAAAGAAAAAGAAAAAAAUAAGACCCUGCGGAAUACCAUUCAGUGGCUUGAAAACGAACUCAACCGGUGGCGUAAUGGGGAGACAGUGCCUAUUGAUGAACAGUUUGACAAAGAGAAAGCCAACUUGGAAGCUUUCACAGUGGAUAAGGAUAUUACUAUUACCAGUGAUAAACCAGCAGCAACAAUUGGAGUUACUGGAAACUUUACUGAUGGUGAAAGAAGAAAGUGUGAAGAAGAAAUUGCUAAAUUGUACAAACAACUUGAUGACAAAGAUGAAGAAAUUAAUCAGCAGAGCCAAUUGGUAGAGAAACUGAAGACACAAAUGUUGGAUCAGGAAGAGCUUCUAGCAUCUACCAGAAGAGAUCAAGAUAACAUGCAAGCUGAGCUGAACCGCCUUCAAGCAGAAAACGAUGCCUCUAAAGAAGAAGUAAAAGAAGUUUUACAGGCUCUAGAGGAACUUGCUGUCAAUUAUGACCAGAAGUCCCAGGAAGUUGAAGAUAAAACUAAGGAAUAUGAAUUGCUUAGCGAUGAACUAAAUCAGAAAUCGGCAACCUUGGCGAGUAUAGAUGCUGAGCUUCAGAAACUUAAGGAAAUGACCAACCACCAGAAAAAACGAGCAGCUGAGAUGAUGGCAUCUUUACUAAAAGACCUUGCAGAAAUAGGAAUUGCUGUGGGAAAUAAUGAUGUAAAGCAACCUGAAGGAACUGGCAUGAUAGACGAAGAGUUUACUGUUGCAAGACUCUACAUUAGCAAAAUGAAGUCAGAAGUAAAGACAAUGGUAAAACGCUGCAAACAGUUAGAAAGCACACAAGCUGAGAGCAACAAAAAAAUGGAAGAAAAUGAGAAGGAGUUAGCAGCAUGCCAGCUUCGUAUAUCUCAGCAUGAAGCCAAAAUCAAAUCACUGACUGAAUACCUUCAAAAUGUGGAGCAAAAGAAGAGACAGCUGGAGGAAUCUGUCGAUUCCCUCAGUGAAGAACUAGUUCAGCUUCGAGCGCAAGAGAAAGUCCAUGAAAUGGAAAAGGAACACUUAAAUAAGGUUCAGACUGCAAAUGAAGUGAAGCAAGCUGUUGAACAGCAGAUUCAGAGCCACAGAGAAACUCACCAAAAACAAAUCAGUAAUCUGAGAGAUGAGAUUGAGGCAAAAGAAAAACUUAUUACUGAUCUUCAAGACCAAAACCAGAAAAUGAUGUUAGAACAGGAACGUCUGAGAGUAGAGCAUGAGAAGUUGAAAGCAACUGACCAGGAAAAGAGCAAGAAACUACAUGAACUUACUGUUAUGCAAGAUAGACGAGAACAAGCAAGACAAGACCUGAAGGGUUUGGAAGAGACAGUGGCAAAAGAACUUCAGACUUUACAUAACCUGCGGAAGCUCUUUGUUCAGGACCUGGCCACCAGAGUUAAAAAGAGUGCUGAGAUAGAUUCUGAUGACACUGGAGGCAGUGCUGCUCAAAAGCAGAAAAUCUCCUUCCUUGAAAAUAAUCUUGAACAACUCACUAAAGUGCACAAACAGUUGGUACGUGAUAAUGCAGAUCUUCGCUGUGAACUUCCUAAGUUGGAAAAGCGACUUAGAGCUACAGCUGAGAGAGUGAAAGCUUUGGAGUCAGCACUGAAGGAAGCCAAAGAAAACGCAUCUCGUGAUCGCAAACGCUAUCAGCAAGAAGUAGAUCGUAUAAAGGAAGCAGUCAGGUCAAAGAAUAUGGCCAGGAGAGGACAUUCUGCACAAAUUGCUAAACCUAUUCGACCUGGGCAACAUCCAGCAGCUUCUCCAACACAUCCAGGUGCAAUUCGAGGAGGAGGUGCCUUUGUACAGAACAGCCAGCCAGUGGCAGUACGUGGCGGAGGCGGCAAGCAAGCGUAACAUUUUACACAUGUCCACAGGUAUUGAAAAGUAAUUGAAGAAAGAAGAGGACAUAUUAUCAAGUAGAGUCAUUCAGUGACUUUAACCUCUACCCUGCGGGGACUGUAGAAUUAUAACUUUUUUUAAUGUAUAAAUUAUACCUGGCCUGUACAGCUGUUUCCUACCCACUCUUAUAAACUCUGCUGCUUCCCAACACAACUAGAGUGCAAUUUUGGCGUCUUAGGAGGGAAAAAAAUGACAGUUUACGACUGUGGCCCUAUUUAUUACACAGUUUGUCUUUCAUGUCUUAAAUUUAGUCUUCACUGUGCCAAGCUAACUGUACCUUAUUAGGGUUGUGUUUUUUGUUCAUGUGUGUGUGUGUUUAUUUUUAAAUCAGUUUAAAUUACCUAGCUGCUACUGCUUCUUGUUUUUCUUCUCUUAUUGAAAUAAAUGUCUUCCUUAUUUUAGGGAAAAUAGAACAUUAUAGAUUAAAUGUCUUAAAUUUUACCACUUGUAACACUACAUGCCCACAAAAUGCAUCAGAUCAUAUCAGGUCAGUACUGUAUUUUAAAAUUCCUUGAGAUGACUUCAGGGUUAAAAUAAUUUGUAUCAUCCCUGAAGUUUGUUUCUGAAAACUACUGUUUGAGCACUGAAUCCUUAAAACUGCCUAACUAGACAUUUGAGACUGAACAAGGCUACUUAAUUGUUAUCUCAUGAAACGCCUGUUGCCAAGUUGAUAUUGAAUAGAAAUAUUUUACAGUAUCAAAAGCAAAUUUUAAGUUUAAGAAAAAGUUUGAAAGAAGAGUUGUAUUUCUCUUCUUUCUCAUUCCAUACUUUUAUAGCUUGAUGGAAUGAAAAUACCCUGCUUGAUUCUGGUGAACCUGCUAGCUAAUAUAAUAAUAAAAAUAGGACAGAUAAUUCAUAUGUCAUCUUUAAUAUGUUGAAAUGAAUUAAGGAAUUACAGGAUUAAACAUAAUUUCAUGUUAGUACUGUAUUGGUUGAUCUAAAUUUUUAGACUGGAAAUUGAGGGUAAAUGUAAAGACACAGGACAGAUAUAUGGUGAAUUUAAAAAUAUGUAGGGAAAUUUUUGUCAGAACUCCCUGAUGUGCUUUUAAACUGCUACACUAAGUCAUACACUAUCAUUUAUUUCUUAUUGAGGUGAGAUAAUAGUGAAGUGUUUGCAGGUCACUAAUCCUUAUUUUGUUGGCUAAAACCCGUAAUUUCGUGAUUAGUACUAAGUGUGUACCUAUUUUGCCACUUCUUCCUAAGUGACUACGUCAACAAUUUAUUUUAGGGAGUUAUAAAAGUAAUAAAAGAGAUUUCAAUAUUUGCUUCGUCAGUGGGGGAGACUGCAACUAUUUUAGCAGAAAUUAGGAGAGAAUGGGGAUUUAAGGUUAUUCAGUCAGUAGAGAAAUUGGAAAGUUUUUGUGUUAAGAUCUGGCUGACAGGAUUAACUUUUGAAAAGUUUUAUACACAGAUAUUUGUAUUAUUAAAUUUGGAGCCAUAGUCAGAAGACUCAGAUCAUAAUUGGCCUAUUUUUCUAUUUCCUUAACUAUUGUAAUUUCCACUUUUAUAAUAAUUUUGAUUUAAAAGAUAAAUUUAUUUAUUUUUUUAACAGUCAAAAAUCCUUACUGUUGUAUUCUGCAGCCUCUAAAAUGAGUGUGUUGCUUUUAGGACUGUUCAAAAUAAACACUCCACAAAUGGAAAUGAAAUCUUGGUGCAGCAAGAUAGAAGUAAUGCAGUUAACUAAAAAAAAGCGCUGUAGCUUGCUUAUAAUAGUUUUCUAAAUAGAGAAAUAUUUGGCUGCAUUCACAUAGACAUUUGUAUUUUAUGGAUUUCAAGUGAAAACUCACUUCUUUGGCAAUAUUCAUAAAUGAAGCAGAAUUUUUUUCUCUUUUGUCUACGUAUGGUAGUUUCAUUCCUGUAAGUAAUGUCAUGGGUAUUGGUGCUGUGUAACAAACAAUAAAAUUGUAACUAGCAUGUGGUUCAGAAUACACUUUUUUUUUUUUUAAUAAUGGUUCGUUUCUAUUUGUAAUUUCAAACCUUCCACAAAAUA